GAAGUUCGGUACAUAUGGACAACACCCWCGAUUCUUUGCAACAACUUAAAGAACGUUUGCGAAGGAAGCGUUUUUUGAUUGUGUUGGAUGAUAUGUGGAUCGAUAUCUGGUCAAAACUGUGGGGUUUCCUACAGAACGGGGCAAGGGGUAGCCGAGUUUUGGUCACCACUCGAAGCGAGGUUGCAGUUGCACGGUCAAUGGGCAUGAGCAUGACCCACCUUCAGUACUAUUUACAGCCAUUGGGAGAUAAAGCCUCUUUGUCACUAUUUGAGAGUAUAGCUUUCUGGGAAAGAAGAAAACCUGAUUGCUCGCCGUUGGAAGAUAUCGGRAAGAAGAUUUUUAAAAAAGGUGGAGGAUUUCCUCUAUUUGUUAAGGCGUGGGGAAGCAUUCUCCUUAUGGGGGAUACAAAAAAAGAGUGGCAGCGUUUCUCUGAGAAUGAGAUAUGGGAGGCUGCUAAGAUUGGCCAGUGGCAACUUUAUCCGCAGUUGAAUGUCUGGAAAAAUGUUUUACAAUCACUUAAAUCGGGUUAUGUUAGGUUGCCCAGAGAUCUAAAGAGGUGCUUAAAGUACUGCUCGCUAUUCCCCAAAGGUUGUUGGAUUGAGAAGGAUGUCUUAAUACAGUUAUGGAUGGCUGAGGGUAUCACCCAAAGUGAGGAUAAARGUUGGGAGUUGGAAGAUACCAGCAUUGAUUACUUUGAAAAGUUGGUGUCACAAACUUGUUUCUUUAGGGAUGUUGAAAAAGAUGAAGAUGGGAAAAUUUUUAGAUGCAAGAUCCAUGAGCCAUUCCAUGAUUUUGUGCGUGAACUUUCAAGAGAUGAAUAUACAUUAAUUAAGGAUGCAAAAGAAGGAUUCAAUCAUCUUGGGAGGACUCGUCAUUUGUCAUUGCAUUGGGAUGUGGAUUCAACAAGGAAUCGAAGAAAUCUUUGUUUYCCCACACUCUCGUGUUUUGGAGGUCUGAAGAAGCGAGAUGGUGAUGCUACAACUGUGAGUGGUACAAAACCUCUUAGCGCCAGCAAUUUGCAAACACUGUUAUGUUUUGGAGAUCCAGGAAAUCAAAAUGGGAAUACAACAAUGAUUUUGGGUAACACCAACAGUAAUUUGCACACACUGCUAUGUUUUGGAAAUCCAAAAAAUGGUAAGUUGCCAAAUCGUCUCUUCUCACGUUUGAAUCUGCUUCGAGCAUUAGAUUUGAGUUCGACUAACAUUAAAGAACUGUCACAUUCCAUUAACAAAUUGAAACUCUUGAGAUACCUCAAUUUGUCUUAUACAAGUGUGAAAGGGCUGCCAGAAUCAAUUUGCGACCUUUGGUUUCUUCAGACAUUGAAGCUUUCAUAUACAUUACUUGGUGAAUUGCCGAAAGAAACAGGGAAGCUGGUAAACUUGAAGCACCUGGAAAUUGAAGGUACUCUUAUAAACUAUUUGCCUGUUGGGAUAGAAAGGUUAACUAGAAUCCAAAAGUUGAGUGAGUUCAUUGUAAGUGAUGGUGAAAGUAGGUGUAUGCUUUGUGAACUUCGACCUCUAAGAUUCCUCCAGGGAAAGCUAAUCAUUAGUUACUUGAGUAGACUUAAAAGCAUUGAAGACACCCAAAAAGCAGACCUUGCUAACAAGGRUCAAAUAGAUUGGUUGGUGUUGGAUGCUAAGAAACACUUCAGCUUGCGGAAACUGGGUCGCAGCACGCAUUUGGCUUCUCUUAUGCUAGACCAUAUCCAUAACGAGGACACCCAAUUGAAUUCAUCCAAUGAAAUUGAGAAGAUGACAAGGAUGCGUGAUGUGUUUGAAGGCAUCAAACCUCAUUCCAAUUUGAAAAAGUUAGAAAUAUGGAACUACAUCGGAUCUGAAUUCCCCUUUUGGAUGAAAGAUGCAUCAUCACUCACAAAUCUUACCUCUUUGAAGCUCGUCAAGUGCUUGAAGGCGGAGCAUUUACCACAACUUGGUAAACUGCAGAGGCUUAAAUUCCUUCUCAUAUGUGAAAUGGAUGAAGUGAAAAGCAUAGGCAAUGAAUUCURUGAUGAGGGUARCAGCACAGAAUGCUUUCCAGAGUUGUUGAGCCUGGUUUUUGAGAGAAUGCGUAAAUUGGAGAGGUGGGAAGUCACAAGGGAGGUGGGAGAUAUGCCUAAAUUUGAGGAACUCAUACUCCGAGACUGUCCUAGCUUGAUAUCUCUUCCAAGGUUCCACAAAAAACUGAAUAAACUAGAGAUUUAUAAUUGCGAGUCACUUUCUCUUAAUCCACCUCUACCAUCAGUGGAGCACCUUGUUCUGAAAUACAAUGAUUACAUGGUGAAUGAUAAGCAGCGUUCUUUGCCCAACAUUCCGGAGCUCAAAUCACUGAAAAUUACAUUAUCAUCUGACCUCAGGAGCUUCCCGGAGGGCUUGUGCAAGCUCAAAGCACUCAAUUCACUUGAUAUUCACUUUUGUCCCAAGUUAAGAUCAUUGCCUGAAGAGCUAAAUCAGAUGACGAUUCAUCGACUCUGUAUCGUUGGCUGUCCACUUCUAAUGGAAAUUGAUAGGUCGACAUUAUCCCAUAUAGCUGAUAUUGAAAUCGACCAUGUAAAGAUCCAACACUAUAACUAAAUUGGCUCCCCCAAGGCGUGGAUUUAUAACUUGAAGGCAAACCAAGCUCCAUUUGGGAUUAUAAUGGGACUGAUUCAUCUGUUGAGCUCAUCAAUGGCAAAGUUUUAAACUUUCGUACUGAGAGAAUUAUAAGAACCGUAUUGUGCAUGGUUUUGAGCAUUGAAGAACAGGGCAAGGAAAGAAGUGAUGAUCAAGUCGAUCUAGCAGGCAUCCGAUUCAUAAGUGUGGAAGGCCUAAUUCAUAGGGAGAAAAACAAAUUCAGUCGUAGACUUGAUGGAAUUGAAGUUCAGUUCAGUUGUUUUCUUUUCUCUUCUUUUUUCCUCCUCCUUAAUCUAGAGUUGUACCGCAUAUUGUGAGGGAUUGAUGUUUGUUGUCAUUUAUAUUUCUACAAUUAGAGGCUGCUGAUUUCUUUUACAGACGAUAUAGUUUAUUGUUUGCCAAAUGCCAAUGCACAAUUUUAUUUUAUUUA